AUGUCCAAUUUUCGACCCUACAAAUACACACAAGAAGAACUCACAAUUAGCAAGAAAAUAAAGAUAGAGGAUCAAUAAAUUACUCUCCCUUUGACUGUGUUUUAAUAAUUGGUUGAGAAGGCAAAAGAAGAGAAUUAAAAAAAAGAAGAUACAAAAAAUCUCUUAAGAAAUUUUGGAAAUGCCCUAAAUAGAUUCAUAUUGCAUAAUGAAUAAGCCUUAAAAAUCAUUACAUAAUACAUUCCUGAAAGUAAUGUCUCUCAUUUCAAGAAAUGGGUUACAAAUUAAAAAUUAGAGAAUUUUGAACAAUUCAAAAGAAUCUGGACUGUGGAUGGAGACGUUUACAAAAAAAUAUUCUCAGAAUUAUCUUUCGAGUUUUAUUCAAAACAUGCGUAUUCCUAUGUGAUGCAUUCAUAAAUGAGAUCAGAAUCAACAAAAUUAACUCAUUUGAAAUAUAUUACUCGUUUUUUAGAAGGGAUUGUCUGCCCAGAAAGCUUCUAUUAUUUUAAAAAGUGA